UUUCUGCUCGAAACCUUAUGAUGAAAAUGAAUACUUCCUGGCGUGGUUUCUGGAACUGGGGGACAAUAAGAUUUAUGUUCGGCAGGGGUAUUAGCGCGGGCUCAUUCCGAAUGGUGAGCUACAGGGGCUCGAAGGUGGAUCUGGGACGAACGGAUUAUACUGGUUCAGGCCGAAGCCCUAGUCCAGAGUAGUGCUGACAGUAGUAUUGCUUGGGACGUGUUACAGCUGGGUGCUUGUGUGAAGUUGUGUGUUAUGGGAUGCCCUUUGGAUGGAGGUUGUCUUGCCCUUUUAUAGUCCAAGGGGUAGACAUUACAAUGAGGAUUAGUAUUCUACUGGGGUGGAGUUCGGCCUCCUGUUUCUGGGCCUCGUAGCCCCUGUGGUCUCACCUGUUAGGUCGUGUUUCUCCGUACCUCUAGUAUGGCGUCGAGUCUCGUUCGCCUUCAUGUUGCUAGUCCUAUUUAGACGUGGCGGUGUUUGGUGGGUUCUGUUGAGUCAGCUCAAGGCGUGGCUUAGGGAUGUCUUCGGUACAGCUUCAUCUUCCGUCACCCCUUAGUGUCACCUUUCAUCAUGCGUAGACGUCCAUCUGGUAUGGCGUAUUGCUCCGUCCCUUCCGACGUAUGGGUCAUUAUAGAGCGCAGGAAUAGGUUGCGGCGUAGGCUGAAGUGCUACUGCUCGCCGUACCCUUGCCUCAUCUAAUCGGGGCAGAGCGUAGGAGUAGGAUGCGACGUAGGCUGAAGCGCUACUGUGUGUAGGGAUGCUCUGGCGACGUCGUCCUGUCCUUUUCGCCUGUCACCCUUCGCGUUGGUACCUCGCGCACUACAAUGUGGGCCAUGAUGGCAGCAGCCCACGCAAUGCAGAGAGUCAAAGGCCCCGCCUCGGUAACGUGCGAGCCACUGUGUGGUCCGUGUACUUCGGUCAUAGAGCCCGCCGUUGGAGUGGGCAUGUAUGUGUCUUGUCCGCAGUUUAAUGUUGUGGCACAUUGUACUCCGGAGGUCGAGACCGGGUUUUCCCGGUGGUCCACGCUAUGUGUCGCAGGAUAUGCGGCAGCGCCGGGCUUCGCCUGGUGAGGGGAGCAGCGGUCGACACCUCUCUUCCUUGUAACAGCUCCUUUAUGCCUCCUCGCCUGGUGAUCUGUAAAAAAGGCGUCCCUGCGGCCUCGUUAUGGUGCUCAACAGCGUAUCUAUGGGUCGUCGUUCCUAGCGCUUUCAAUCUUCUGGAUUAUGUUUCUGAACCUCGUCAAGCAGGGUCUCAGGACCUGCCCCUCGACUAGGAUAAGGCCUAAGCCUUUACGGGCAAGCCCUAGGUUCUGGAACAACCAUUCUUGGAUGGCGGAGUGUGCGGGCUUAGGGUGCUGGACCAGGCUAAGCGGUUACACGACUCUGGAUCACCAUUGAGAAUGUGUUCUUCUCCCCUCGGACCUAGCCCUUCACGACUCGGGCCUUACCCGUUACAAGGGAGGAUCUCGAAACAGGGUGACAAAGUUGAAACAUAAUCCAUGUUUCAUGAAUGCGAUUAGAAAUCGGAUCCCGCCUCGGGUGCUACUUAUAAUUAAUCCUUCAAUAGUAGUGCUUAUUCUAGCCGAUCCUAGUUUGGAGCAUCUCCUGAGUUUGGAUGAGGUCCGGACCUCUGAGUAUUCAUUCCGAAGUACUCGGUAAGCUGUUCUAGGGUGGUGGGGUGUGUUGGCUUAGGGUGCAGGACCAGGCUAAGCGGCGUAUGGGUCAUUGUAGAGACCCCAAUGCUGAGGUCUCUAUGGCUGGGAUUGUCCGACCCCACUGGUCAGCGGGGACACAUAUCUGGCGUCGUGCUUGAUAGACCCUUCGAUACCGCUUCCACGGUCUAGACGUGGCUCAAUAAUGUCCCAUCGUGCCGACGUGGCUUGAUAGUACCGGGUUGGCUCUUCCUUUCAGCAGGUUGUCGUCUUGCUGGGUUGCUCGGCAGUCUCGCCUCGCUGGAUUGCUCGGCGGACAGGUUGGUCGGCAGUCCCGCCUUGCUGGGUUGCUCGGUAGGCAGGCUGGUCGGCAACCCCGCCUCGCUGGGUUGCUCGACAAACAGGUUGCUCGACAGCCCCGCCUCGUUGGGUUGCUCGACGGGUAUUUGUUCGGUAGGCGGGCUGGUCGGUUUGGCGGGCCGUCCCGGGGGUCCUUUUAGACCUUCACGCCGAGCUGCUUGGCAGGUGGGCCGCCCAGUUCGUGGGCCGUCUUUGGGAGGCCUUCGGUCCUUCUUUGGGUACCCUGUUCUCAGGGGCAUAUGUAUUUAUUUCUUCACCAUAUAUGCUUCUACUCUAACAUAUUUGGAUAUGAGACUAAGAAAACAAUACCUUUGCAAGAGGUAACAGAUGUUCGUAAAGCAAAGACGGCUGCCAUUUUUUCUAAUGCCAUUGAAAUUGUUGCUGGUAGUAGAAGGCACUUCUUUGGAUCUUUCUUGUCACGUGAUGAAGCCUAUCAAAUUAUAGUAGAUGGCUGGGAACAACAUGUUAGUAAUGCAAGAUUACUCCUUGAACGUCAGGAGACAAAGUCAGCUAGUAGCAGUGAAGAAAAUGGUUAUGUUUUAUUGGAAGGAGCAAAGGAACCUAAACAAGAUGAAGAUUCAUCACCGCUGGACAGGUCUGUCAAUAGUACGGCUGUCUCCAGUGGUAGUGCUGAUGGUGGUGAUUCGAACAUCAACAUUUCCAGAAGGUUUUCAAAUGUUGAGGAGAAUGGACUCGAAGACAACAUCAUCACACUAAACCCAUUCAAUUUGGAGCCAGUUGAUGAUACUCCUAGUGUACCUGAAUCUUACACUUCGGUCACGGAGUCAAAGUUUCAGGUGCCUGUGGAGGUUCUUUUUAAUUUGUUAUUGUCUGAUGGUGCUUUUGGCUUUUUGGAUGAUUUCCACAAAAAUUGUGGUGACAAAGAAUUUAGUUGCUCCAAAUGGCGUACAGAUGAACAAGGGGGACUUGUAAGGGAUGUCUCAUUUUUGCACCCAAUAAAAAUUUAUCUUGGUGCAAAAUUUGGGACUUGUCAAGAGGUCCAGAAACUUCGUCUUUACAAAAACAGGCGUCUAGUGAUUCAAACCUCUCAGUCAAUAGGUGAUGCCCCAUAUGGGGACCAUUUCACUGUAGAGGGCAUCUGGGAUGUUGAACAAGAUAGCCUAGAUGAGAACUGUUGUUACCUCAGGAUAUAUAUUAAUGUAGCCUUCUCAAAGAAAACAAUAUUUAGAGGGAAAAUAGAGCAGUCAACAAAAGAUGAAUGCCGAGAAGUUUUCAGUCUCUGGAUUAAGCUCGGCCAUGAUCUUUUGAAGCAGGAGUAUGAUCGAUCAAAAGGCACUUCCAGCACAACUGAUUCUGGUGCUCAAUCAGGGGCUAUAACGAACGAGGAAAAUACCGGGGAAGUAGCAGUACCCAUGGUGAGUACCUCACAGGAUGUAUCUGGUGCGAGGAGCCUCAUUCCUCCUUUUCAAGAUCCCCAGCAGAGAACAGGAAGAGAUUCUUCCAUCGGGUCCACUUCACAAGAACUGUGGGGUUCACUAACGUCACACAUGAGAUCAAGCCAACUUGGUCCAGUACUAGCAGUGGCGCUGGUGGCUAUCAUUGUCCUAUUGCAGGUAACCAUCAUAGUUCUGCUAACUAGGUCCCCCCAGGUCCAGAUGGCUCCUCACGGGAUCUCGACGGGCAGUUUCGGGUACAGCAAAGAAAGCAUGGAGUGGGCGCAGAAGCGCCUCAGCCUACUCAGGGAGGAGAUGCAGGUGGCUGAGGCGCACAUGGAGAGGAUGAGGCACGAGUUUGCCUGGCUCAGAUCUUACCUGGAGGGACUGGAGAGGCUGAGGCGCCGCACAUGACCGCAGCGCGUGUACACGACAGGGGCACGAUUCCGCGAUGCGGAUUCGUUGGUAUACAGUACGAACUCGGAGACGUUGUUCAGGUUUCUUCUUCUUCUGUGUUGCUACAGACCGUACAGAUGCAAACGGAGAGCUGGUGCCGUGGUGGUGGUGUUGCAGAGGUAUUGCCGUAAGGCAGAACUGCCAGAUCCCGGUACAGCAUUCAAUGUAAAUAGCUGGGGGACGUGUCAUUGCCAUGACGAUACAGCGGCGUGAUGUUAGAAACCUCGCACUACUUUUUUUUUUCAGAAAGUAAAAAACUUUUUGUGGUUUAUGUAUUGCUCGGGUGGCAAAAGGAAAUGUGGUUUUCGAUC